UGCCCCAAUGCGCUGCGCCGGGAGCCGGGGCCGAGUCGCCGCCGCAGCUGCAGGGGCGCCCGGGCCGGGUGACGACGCCGCCGCGCGUGCCCCUCCCAGGCCCUGCCGGCCGCAUGGAGCCCCCGGAGGGCGCCAGCCCGGGAGGGGUAGUUAAGGAGGUCGAGGUGCCAAGGGCUGCCCUGGGCACCCCCAUUCCUGGGACGGGGACCGGCAGCCACUCACCUGUGGCCGAGGAGGAGGUGGGCGUCCCAGUACCGGCACCAGGUCUCCUGCAGGUCACGGAGAGGCGGCAGCCCCUGAGCAGCGUCUCCUCUCUGGAGGUGCACUUUGACCUCCUGGACCUCACCGAGUUGACCGACAUGUCCGACCAGGAGCUGGCCGAGGUCUUUGCCGACUCAGAUGACGAGAACCUGGCCAGCGACUCGCCCGCAGGCCUACACCCGCUGCCCAGGGCCGGCUGUCUGCGCUCCCCCUCCUGGACACGCACCAGGGCCGAGCAGAACCGUGAGAAGCAGCCCUUCGGCGACCCUGAGCGGCAGCCUGCCGUUGUGGACACCUUUCUCACCGUGGAGAGGCCCAAGGAGGACUAGGCCGGCUGGCCCAGGGCCGAGGCGGGGCAGGUCCGGGCAGCCGUGGCCCCGUGGACGCUGCCCGCCCCACGUGGCGCCUCCGCAUAAGCACAGCCCAGUGGCCUUACGUCCAGCUCUUCCUGGUCCCUGGAUCAGGGACCAGGCCCAGGGAUGAGAUGAGACUUCUGUCUGUAGGAAUGGUGUCCUCGUCUGUCACUAGACUCCCGGGUAGGGGUGCGGUGAGCAGAGACCUGCCCGUGAGAGGCGCUCUGCAACCCCCCGGGGGUCUCGGGGGUCCAGUCUUGAACGGCAGUGCCAAGCUCCAGCCCGCGGGACACCCUGCUGCCCUAACCGCCUUGAUUCCAACCCUGCCCCCCUCCUGCCGCCCAGGAAGUAUCAGCACCAGAGCCCCCAGACCCUAAUACCCUGCUUGCCGUGGUCCCUGCCUGAGAGCCAGACCCACCUCCUGAGCUCGGAACACCAAAUAUGUCACGACUGCCUCAGACCGCCGGGCACGGCAGGGGCAGGCGAGGUUCGCCCUCCCCCCAUCCUUGCCAUGACAGUCCCCGCGGCCCACCUGACACGCACACACAGGCAUGCACACGCGUGCAGCAGCCCGAGGGGCAUGGGGACGUGAGGGGACCUGGGCACAGCGCCUGGCCCCCAAUUCGGGGGCGCCAGGCUCGGCUGCUCCACACACUGCUUACACACUAAGGGACGGAACCGGCUUCCAGUCAGACAGCGAGUCCGAGAACAGUUUUAAAACAAACGUGUAAGCUUGCUUUCAGUCCCCAAGGCCACCUGCCCUGACCCCUUCUCCACUGAAACGUUUCUGGGGAAGGAAAACAGGCCUGGGCACAUGCUGGGCCCACUGGGCGUGGCUACAGCACGUCCCGCCAGGAAAAGGGUCGCCCUCUGCGCCAGGAGGGGCACGUGAGGGGCAGCAACACGGAGGUGUCUUCCAGACACAACCAAGAAUUUCACUUAAAAGGGAUCCCGCGAGGGCAGCCGCGCCCCCCGCCCCCCAGGUCUUCCCCGCCGCCGAGUUCCCAUCCUUCUUGCUACGGCUUCUGCAGAUCUCAUUUCCAAACAGCAGGAUUAAAACAGCACCCUGUCCCAAG